AUGAAUUCUACACAGAUGAAACAGGUGAAAGAAGCAGAGCUUAAAGCAUCAGCAAAUGAAAGAGAAGUACAGUUACUUCGAAUAUCCUUUCGACAACAGAAGGAGAAGGUAAAACAACUACAUGAACUUCUUAUAUUAAGAGAGCAAGAGCAAAGGAAAGAACUUGAAACACGAGUUGCUUUAAAUGGACCUGAAUUUCAAGAUGCUUUGUCAAAAGAAGUGGCUAAGGAGGAGCAGAGGCACGAACAGCAUGUUAAAGAACUUCGGGAGAAAAUUCAUAUGUUAAACCAGAAGUACAAAGAGUUAGAAGAUGAAUUUCGUUUAGCUUUAACUAUUGAAGCAAAAAGGUUUAAAGAGGUAAAAGAGAAUUUUGAAAAUGUUACUGCCGAUCUAGUUGAACAUAAACGAGCCCUCUUUGAGUUUGAACAAAAGGAUAAAGAGAUGGCAAGUCUGAUCCAAGACCUGACAAGUAUAGUGAAAGAACAGAAAGCAAAGAUUGCAGAAUUAACAAAAUCAAAUGAAAACGCUACAGCAAACCUAAAGUGUCGAACUGGAGAACUUGAAACUGUGAUUGAGGAGGAUAAACAGAAGGCUAUUCAAGUUGAACUUCUGAAAAAGGAAAAUGGAAAACUUAUUUCUCAGCUGACAGCCCAGGAAUCUGUGAUUGAUGGGUUAAAAAUGGAAAGAAAAAUAUGGGGGCAGGAGUUGGCACAACAGGGAGCUCAUCUUGCUCAAGAUCGGGGGAAACUGGAGGCAAAAAUUGAAGUUUUAACAAAUGAGAUUGAGGUGUUAAAAAAGCAAAAGGAACAGGACAGUGAUACUAUAAGAAUUAAAAACAAAAUAGUGGACGAUCAGACAGAAACAAUUAGGAGAUUAAAAGAAGGCUUACAGGAAAAAGAUAAACAAAUCAGAAAACAGCACGAAGAAAAUCUGGAAUCUCAGAAAUUUUUUCAAGUACGGUUGGAUGAAAAAGCUGCUGAAUUUGAAGAGCUAAUGGAAAAAUUAGAAAGGCAAAAUGAAAGAAAAGAGGAAUUAAAGCAACUGCUAGAAGAAAAAGAAGUAGAACUUGAUGACAUUAAGAAAGCACACAGUGCACUGAAAAAGAAGUGGCAAGGUAAAGGAGAGCUAUUAAGCCAGCUGGAGGUGCAGGUUAAACAAAUGAAGGAGAGCUUUGAUAUCAAAGAGAAAAAGCUGACUGAAGAGAGAAAUAAAAGUCUUCAAACUCAGAGGAUUGCUGUGGAAAAGCUUCAUGAAAUGGAUGAUGCUUUUAGAAAACAACUUGAGUCAAUGUUGGCAGCUCAUCAGGGAGAACUAUUGCAGCUGGCAAAUGAAAAGGAAAAACAAAUUGAAGCAGCAAAUGAAAAAGUUUACUAUGUUGAAGAAGAAAUGCGGCAGCUUCUCCAGGAAACAGCAAACAAUAAAAAAGCCAUGGAAAAUAAAAUAAGACGACUUACACAUGCACUGAAUGAUAUUCAACAAGAUCUUUGA